AAGGUAAAGUUGUUUUGGAAGUUGAUUUUACAGUCAUAAAUAAUUUGCCCCUUGAAUUCCUGCUGUUAGCUCUUUCUUCUGUUGUUGGUUAAUGGAGGGGGCACGUUAAGCACAAAAUAGAGAUAUACACACAAUUUUAUAACAGUGGCCUGUACAGCAUGUUCUGCACAAAACUGAAAGAGCUGAAGAUUACUGGCGAAUGUCCUUUCUCCUUGCUCAACCAAAGUUGCAUUCCAGAUGAAAAUGAGGAAGAAUGUGCUGAGGUGCCCAACAGCUCUAAGACUCCUUUGCCCAUCUGCAGAGAGAAAGUCCCUCAUGGGAACCUUCCACAGAGGAAAAUCAGCAAGAACAGAGUAUUUCUUCAUACUUUAGCUGAGACCAUUUACAAGCUCAUCUCUCCAGAAUAUGAAAAGUUGUGUCUUGCAUUUCAAAGAAGCCUAGCCAAUAAUAACAUAAAAGAAAUCAGACAGUGUGGGGAAAAAGAUUUUGAGAAGCUACUCACUGAUCAUGCAAAUUUGGCUGGAAUUCCAGUCACUGUUAUAAGAGAAUCACUUGGUGAAGAGCUGUUCAAAAUAUGUUAUGAAGAAGAUGAACACAUCCUUGGAGUUGUUGGGGGAAGUCUGAAAGACUUUUUGAACAGUUUCAGUACUCUUCUGAAGCAGAGCUCUCAUUGCCAUGAAGCUGGAAAAAUGGGCAGAGUUGAAGAAGUCUCAAUUUUGUGCUUGGAAAAAGAUCCCAAUUUUUUAAAUGUAUAUUAUUUUUCCCCAAAAAUACCAACCACACUCAUCCUGUCUGGCAUUAUUAAGGCAGCAGCUCUCAUUUUGUAUGACAUGGAGGUGGAAGUAAUGGUAAUGCCACCCAGCUUCUGCAAAGACAGUUCCGAGUUUAUUGAUCAACCUUAUUUAUUAUAUUCUGUAAACGUCAAAAGCACAAAGCCAUCACUAUCACCCUGUAAACCCCAAUCUUCUCUUGUCAUUCCUACUUCUAUGUUCUGUAAAACGUUUCCUUUCCAUUGCAUGUUUGACAAGGCCAUGGUUAUAUUGCAAUUUGGCAAUGGCAUCAGGAGACUAUUAAACAAAAGAGAAUUUCAAGCAAAGCCACAGUUUGAUGAGUGGUUUGAAAUUUUAGCUCCUAAAAUAAAUUGCACAUUUAGUGGGAUCAUGACAAUGCUGAACAUGCAGUUUAAUAUAAGAGUGAGACGAGGAGACAAAGUUCUUAAAAAGUCAACUGGGGUUAUGGAUCUUAAAGGACAAAUGAUUUACAUUAUUGAAUCUAAUGCCAUUUUGUUCUUGGGAUCUCCUUGUGUGGAUAGACUGGAAGAUUUCACAGGACGUGGCUUAUAUCUUUCAGAUAUUCCUAUUCAUAAUGCACUUAGGGAUGUUGUUUUAAUAGGUGAACAAGCCAGAGCUCAAGAUGGAUUGAAGAAAAGAUUAGGGAAGCUUAAAGUAACUCUUGAACAAGCUCAUCAAGCUCUUGAAGAAGAGAAAAAAAAGACAGUUGAUCUUUUGUGCUCUAUUUUCCCUGAGGAGGUUGCUCAGCAGCUAUGGCAAGGACAAGUUGUACAGGCCAAGAAAUUUAAUAAUGUCACAAUGCUUUUUUCUGACAUUGUAGGAUUCACUGCAAUCUGUUCUCAGUGUUCACCCAUGCAGGUUAUCACCAUGCUUAAUGAGCUCUACACUCGCUUUGAUUAUCAGUGUGGAGAAUUGGAUAUCUACAAGGUAGAAACCAUUGGAGAUGCAUAUUGUGUAGCUGGAGGCUUACAUAAAGAAAAUGAGACCCAUGCGAUUCAGAUUGCACUAAUGGCACUUAAAAUGAUGGUUUUGUCCAAUGAAGUGAUGUCACCACAUGGAGAAUCCAUCAAGAUGCGUAUAGGACUACAUUCUGGCUCUGUUUUUGCUGGGGUUGUUGGUGUGAAAAUGCCACGUUACUGUCUAUUUGGAAACAAUGUAACACUUGCCAACAAGUUUGAGUCUUGCAGUAUCCCUAGGAAAAUAAAUGUCAGCCCCACUACCUACAGGUUGAUAAAGGAUCACCCUGGCUUUGUGUUUACUCCUCGCUCAAGACAAGAACUUCCUCCCAACUUUCCAAGUGAUAUACCUGGAAUCUGUUACUUUCUUGAUGCUUAUCUUCAGGGGAAAAGUACAAAAGCCUGGUUUCAGAAGAAAGAUGCUGAAGAAGACAAGACACAUUUCUUGGGGAUAUCAACAGGAGUGGAUUAAAUUGUAUUUUGGAGACAAAACUGUGUGUAUGUA